AUGAAGGACCGAGAUGGGUUGCACAUCGAUAUCGUAGACAUCGCGAGGCAGAUGGAGGAGUUCAGGCUGCGAGUGCUGAGUGAACAAGGAGGCGAUGUGGAGGAGGAGGAGGGAGAUGCCGGUGAAGAACAUGUCGAGCCUGCUCGCCAUGCUGAGGUUGAAGGCGAACAAGAAGCAGCAGAGCUGAGGGAGGAGGUGAGCGACUCGUACAGGAUCGCAGCCAUGACAUGUCGCAAGGGGGCGCUCCUCGAGAAGUACUCCAAGAUUGAGAGAGGUGCAGCAACUAAGCGAAUCCCAACCCUCCAGCAUCCUAACGAGGGUGGUUUCGCGUCCUGGGAAGCUCACACAACAGGGUUCGGGUCGCGCAUGUUGAUGCAGAUGGGACUGGACAUGUCAGAGGCUGCGCAACAGGGGAGGAGAGCUACAAGCCUGCUGAACUCGAGCUCGAGGGUUGGGAUCGGAUUCGGCGAUUCAUUGCGGGAACAGGAAUGA